AUGAGCCAUCCAGAUUUGGACGAUUUGAGUCUUUCCGACUCGGAUUACAGCUCUGACGAUGGGGGAAACAACACUUCUGCACGGAAGAACGUUGCUAACCACGUUUUGCGAGAAAAAACAGCUCUUCUAGACAAGUAUGGAGCCAAUAUCAAGGUUGACCAUAUCAAGCAUAGAAUAACCAGGGACAAAGCAGAGCGUGCCACCGUGGAGCAGGUGUUGGAUCCACGUACAUUGCGAUUCUUAUCAAAACUGUUCAAAAAUGGAACCAUCACCGAGAUCAAUGGGUGCAUAUCUACGGGAAAGGAAGCAAACGUCUAUUUUGCUAUUAAUGCAGACACAGGUAAAGAGUACGCCGUGAAGAUCUACAAGACGUCUAUUUUGGUGUUCAAGGACCGGGAAAGGUAUGUUGACGGUGAAUUUCGGUUCAGAAACACAAAGAACCAGUCAAACCCGCGCAAGAUGGUGCGGCUAUGGGCCGAGAAAGAGUUUAGAAACCUGAAAAGAUUGCACUCUGUUGGCAUACCGUCUCCAGAGCCGGUCGAUCUCAAGUCGCACGUGUUGGUGAUGGAAUAUCUUAGUAAAGGUGACGGGUGGCCGUCUCCUAAACUGAAGGACUACGAGUUCAAAGACGACGACGAAAUUGCAUCCUUUUACAUCAAAAUGCUGAUUUAUAUGAGAUGGCUGUACCAGAAGUGCCGUCUAGUGCACGCCGAUCUGAGUGAGUACAACACGAUUGUCCACCAGGGCGAGCUGUACAUAUUUGACGUUUCGCAGUCGGUGGAGCCGGACCAUCAGAUGUCCAUGGACUUUUUGCGCAUGGACAUUAAGAACGUGAACGAUUUCUUUUCACGGAUCAAGAAGAUUAAUGUUUUCCCUGAAAGACUGAUUUUCCGGUUUGUGAUCGAUACCUGGACGAGUCUGAUGACGGAGCUGAUUCCGAACAAGGAGGACAGACAGGCUGUGAUGGAGGAGCCGGAGGAUUUCGAGCUCUUGGAGAAAUAUCUGAAUAUAUUGCCUCAUAAGAGCGAUGACGACCAGGAGGACGCUGUGUUCCGGUCGCUGCAUCUGGUUAGCUCGCUGAACCAUCUGGAGGAGCGCGAUUUCGACAAGUUCAGGACCGGGCAGGUGGAUACUCUGAGAGACCUUGUGAAGGAGGAGCCGGAGGAAGCAGAAGAGGAUGAGGAUGAGGAGGAAGAAGAGGAAGAAUCUGAUGACGAUUCUGACGACUCUGACGACGAUGACGACGAUGACUCUCCAAAGGGGAAGAAGUUCGAGGACAAGGACGCCAAGAAGGAACGCAAGAAGCUUGCCAAGGAAGCUGCUCGAGAAAAACGGAAAACCAAGAUGAAAAAGCAUGUCAAGAAGAAAUUGACCAAAAAGACCCAUAAAUAA